AUGCCUCAUAGCAGCGGUGAGAAGAGAGGUAGCUCAUCUUCAUCCAAUGACCAUGAGAAUGAGAAUCAAAAGAGGCAGAGGUUAAAAGAGGCAGCAUUGGCCCGCAAACAGGCGGAGGCAGAAAGAGAAAUGCAGUCCACACCAGAGAGACCACUGGCAACCAAUACUACGGUAACCCCCCCUUCUGUACCUACAGAAGAGUACAACCCAGCAGGAGUUGACUCCCAACUUCGGAAGAGUGCAGGGAUACGUAAAGCACUGCAAGACGAACAAGAGGCUGACGCUGGAGCUGAUGCUGGAGCUGGAGCUGAUGCCAUGGAGCAAGAAGCUGAUGCAGGGGAAACUACUGUACCAUGUCCAGAGCCUCCAGCACCUCAAGCACCCAGUAGGGCAACCGCUGACCCUCAGUACUUGCCCAAGGAAGAGCAGCUAGAGAUACUGAGAAGGAGUGCCACUAAGGAGAUGAUCCAAAUGAAUUUGAACAAGUUUGUUUUUCCUAAUGCAAAGUUCCCACUAUCUGAAUUGCACAACAAGGCUGUAUGCAAGUUGGCCGUAGGGUCAGAGGUGGUGAGGUUAGACCAAGGGGUGGACCCAGAAGUAUUUGCGGAAGAGUACCACAAGAGUGUGAAAGAACGGAUGGCGGCAUUGCGACUGAAUUGUCACAAUGCUGCAAGAUCAAAGUUUCUAAAUGACCUGAAGAUUGGCAAAGUCCCAUCUGAUAGCUUGGUGGUUGAUCAUCUGGAAAAGAACACUGAUGCAGCUGUUGGAUACAGGAGUUGUGGCCAAGGAUAUCAAGACUACCUGACAAAGGAUGGCACAAAAGUUUUGCAAGCAAGGACGGGGCAGUGCCAAUCCUUUCAUUACCUAGUGAAACGGAUCAUGCCAUCAAUCAAUUGCACAAACACCAAAUUUGAUGUGCGGAAGCGGGAGGAGACAAUCAGCAACAUCUUCACCGUGAGUGACGAGGCAUUUGCCCUGGUGCUACUUGAGAACUAUGAGAGUUGUUGGAGGAAACAGCAUGAGGAUCCCAAAUCAACAAGACUCCGAGGUAAGGAACCUGCUGCUAUAAGCAAGGAGUUCAAUGCCAAAUUCACAUCAAGUGACGAUGGCUUGAAGCUGAAGUCAUCUGGUUGGAGUCGACAGGGAAUUGAAAGCUACAACGAGAAGUUGAGUUCAAUUGGUAAGUUAAGAAGGCAAUCCCGCACAGGGGCAGCCCUAGAAGAGUACAAACUGUGGAAGAUGCGCGGUGGAGCAGACAUUUAUGUAAAGGGCACAGUGCCUCCUACUGCAAACGAGAGACAGAUACCUAUUGCUGAAGGAUCGCUGGCUGUCCUUCCGGAAGCAUUGGAAAGUAUGUUUGCAGAGGUCUAG